AUGGUGGAGGAUGGUCAGGUAGCGGAGGAUAUUGCCAGUGAUUGUUUUUUGAAAGUCUGGGAGAAAAGAGACAUCUUUUAUGAACUAGCGGUAUUAAAAACCUAUCUCUACCGUGCAGUGCGAAACAGCUGUAUCAGUCACCAGCGAAAGAAAGCCAGGGACCGGAUUAAGCAUACCGGCUUUAUCAAUGGACAGGACCGCGACAAAACAAUUAUAGAGCACAUCAUCCUGGCGGAACUGAUGAGGGAAUUGCAUGAAGGAAAAUCAGUCCGGGUGGCGGCCAAGGAGCUGCAAUUGUCUAUACAUACCGUCAACGAACACAGAACACUGGGUAUGCGGAUAUUUCCCUGUUUUAAUUUUCACUCUCCUGGUAUCGAGUAUGAGGCUAACGACAGCUGGCAUAACUGA